AUGACUCCGCCCGCGAUAUUUCUUACUCUGUAUUCGCCUGAAGAGAUGUACGUGGAGGGCAGACUAUAUGGCCACGGAUACGUUAGCGCUGAAAUUAUGACCCAGGAGAGUUCUGGUUCGGAUGGAGUCGUUUACCAGAUAACCGCAAUUCCCGGAAAACCCACACAAUCCGUUCACGAAUUCCUUGCGAAAGACAUUGAUUAUACUUACUUUCCAUUUGGCUACAGUGAGUACCUAGCUACGAACAUUCUGGGCGAGCAAACUAAGGGAGGUCCGUACACGUAUUUCGCGCCAACCAACGAAGCACUGAACACUAUGAAGGCUGACGCCGCGGUCGGAGCAGCGAUCCUUUCCGAUCCACCCAGACGAACAUAUGUACUCCGGCGUCUGAUAUACCCGCUCCCUUUGCUUUUGGUUGAACUACAUGCGUCGCAAGCAUACGAUGUUCCAACCGCUAAUUUCGCCUUCACUCGGGAAUAUGUUCGAUUUGACGUCAGCCAAGUCAACCAGGAGUUCGUCACCAAAAUAAAUGGAAGCAUUACAGUCAGCACCUUGAAUGGAAUGUACGAGUGCACUGAUGGCUGGAUCUAUCAGGCUCGCGGCGUAUUAUACAACCAAGAGGAUCUUACCCGGUCAAUGUGCAGUGUGCCUGCCUGCAAUCAAUGA